AUCUGCAUGCUAGAAUCUAGAAGCUAGUCUAAUCACCAUGGUCUAAUGAAUUUGUAUUAAAUUUGUCACAAUUUGUGCCAUAGGUCUAAUUUUACUAACAAGAACCAAUGAUUUUUGUUUUUAACUUUCCAAUGAACUCCUAACCUUUGACAUCGGCAAUUUGACAAUACAGCCUAGAUCUGUGAUGCUAACGAUCCUUCUCUGAGGAAUUUCAACACCUUUUGAACUUUGAACCAAACAUAGACCUUUUGUCUUCAUAUAUCAACAAAGGGUGCAAAUAAACCGGCAUGAUCCGUUAUCUAAAAAGAUCCGUGCCACAGAGACUGAUGCACAAUGCUGCUUUGGGACAGUGGACAUCCUGGUCUCGAAAGGGAACAUUACUCUUGGUGGCCAGAUCUCUGUGUGUACAGGCAAACCAGGUCCAGGCAACUGGUGCUCUAAGCAGGAUGGUAGUGAAAGAGCAGUCACACUAUAUUAUCCCCAGGGGAAGGACCUUCUCUGUCCAGUACUCCCUGCCCAAGCUGCCAGUGCCUCAGCUGGAACAGACGCUGAAGAAGUACCUAGAGACAUGUAGACCUUUACUUACAGAUGACCAAUACAAGGCAACUGAACAGAUAGUCCAUGAGUUCCAGAUUACAGAAGGUCCUGUUCUUCAGAAACUCCUUGAAGAGAGAGCUGCUAAACACUUGAACUGGCUCUCCGACUGGUGGAAACAUGUGGCCUACCUUGACUGUCGAGACCCAAUUGUGGUGAAUGUGAACCCUGGCUUGGUGUUGCCGAGGCAAAGUUACAGGGGACAGAAAGAACAGCUAGCUUUUGCAGCCAAAUUCAUUUGUGGUGUUUUAGACUACAAGGUUAUGUUAGAUGAGCAAACUGUUCCUGUGGAGACUCUAGGAGGUAAACCAUUGUGUAUGGUGCAGUAUUAUCAGCUUCUGACUGCCUGCAGGAUACCUGGAAUCAAGUCCGACACACAUGUAUUUGUCAGCCCUUAUGACCCAGACAAACCAAGACAUAUAAAUGUCAUACAUAAAAAUCAUAUAUUCUCUGUGGAUGUUUACCACUUGGAUGGUGCACCCCUGAGUGAAGACGAGAUCCACCAGCAGCUGCAGGCCUGCAUAGACCAGAGUCAGACACCAGCACCACCUAUUGGCAUACUUACUUCUUUAAAUAGAACAGUUUGGGGAAAAGAGUAUGCCAGGUUGACAAAAGACAAGACAAAUUUGGCUUCACUAGAAAAUAUCCAGCGUAGUAUAUUUGCGGUGUGCCUGGACGGACCCAACCCACCGUCUGACAUCAACCCAACAGAUUGGGCAGCCUGUAUCAUGUUGCAUGGAGGAGGCUGUAAGGUUCACUCAGGGAACAGAUGGUUCGACAAAACAUUGCAGUUUAUCCUGAACGCUGAAGGCUACAUUGGUCUGAACUAUGAACAUACCACAGCUGAAGGUCCAGCCAUCAUUGGUGUCUCUGAUCAUGUCAUGAGUUACAUACAAAGAAGACAUGAUUCUUAUUCCCCAUCGACAUCUAGUCUUAAACCACCUGUGAAACUGGACUUCAACAUAGAUGAUGAAACUGAAGAAUUGAUCAACAAAGCCUGUGCAGAACUAGAUGUAGCUGUAGAGAAUUUGAUGUUCCAAAGUUUAUUUUUCAAACACUAUGGCAAAACAUUCAUCAAGUCACAGAGGCUAAGUCCUGACGCUUUUAUCCAAGUGGCCUUCCAGUUGGCUUAUUACAGACUUUACAAAGAGCCUUGUGCUACUUAUGAGACAGGCUCAUUGCGGAAAUUUCAAUUGGGACGCACAGACACUAUUAGAUCCUGCUCCUCAGCAUCACUGCAGUUCUCUAAGGCAAUGGAAGACCCCUCCGUCCCAGACAGUAAGAAGGUUGACCUCUUGAGGCAAGCAGUUGUGUCCCACAGGAAGUACACAGAUGAGACAGUAGCUGGUCAAGGUAUAGACAGACAUUUACUGGGUCUGAAACUGAUAGCGCUAGAGAAUGGUAUGAAUGUCCCUCAGUUAUUUUUAGAUCCCUCAUACAAGGAGAGCUCACAUUGGAAGUUGUCUACUAGUCAGGUGGCAUCCAAUUAUAAAGCGUUCUUGUGUUUUGGGCCUGUGGUGCUUGACGGCUACGGCAUCUGCUAUAAUCCUCAAGACGAGCAGUUCAUCUUUGCCAUCUCCUCCUACAAGAGUGACUCGUCCACCAGCUCUGAGCUUUUCUCUGACAGUUUGACCAAGUCUUUGCUAGACAUGCAAUUCUUGCUGGCAAGUCAUCCAUUGUCCAAGUUGUGACAGAAACGUAGAAGUUUAGUUAGACACUUAAGUUCUUUGACGUAUCUUGCUUUAGUUUUCCCAUAAUGAAAGCAUUAACUCAUAUAUUUUAAAACUAAAAAUAGCUGGUACUUAUUUUCAGAUGGCUACUUAGUAUUUCUUAAGUGUUUUUUCAACACUAUAACAAAUUGAAAUAUUACAUAUUCACUCAGAAAUAAAAAAAAUGUAUCCCCGCCAAUGAUAGAUAAGCAUCUAGUUACUUAAUUGGGAUGAUACGCCAUUCAAAUUUCUUUGUUAAAUCAAAGCAUUGACUUUUUUUUUUUUUUUGAAAAAGAAAGGAGGGGGGGGGGGGCAAUUUGAAUUUAAAAAAAAGAAAUGUCUUCACUUGUAUAUUUUUAUUUAUGACAUGAUCUCAUAAAUUAUUAAUUAAGUAGUUGUUUUUUUUAAUUAAUAUUAGGAAAAUAAUCAAUUAGGUAAUAUGUUGUUUUUUUUAUUUGACUGAUUUUUCUCAGAUGCAUAUGUCUGGGGCUUCAUUUCAAAUAAUGGUCCAUAGAUUAUGCAUGUAAUUGCUCUAAUUCAGUAAGCCUCUCUAUUUGUUUCUCAAUACCAUAAUGUGGGCUGUCCUCACACUUCAUCUGUUCUAUUAGCUUCAUUUUUUCCUGAACCAUAUUUUAGUUCAUUUUGAAUGUUGACACCUGCUGUUACUCUGGUCUUGUUUUACUUACUUCAUACAUUCAACAGCAGACGUCAAAGUGAAUAAGAAGUAUUAUUAAGGAAAUGCUUCUCUAAUUGCCUUAUACUGAAUAACUUAUUUUAUGUACUUUUAUGUUUUACACUGAUAAAUGAUAUUAAUUCUAUAGUAUAAUAUUUAUUUAUACAUAAAUCAUAGAUGUUUGUUGUUUUUUAAAAUUGUGUAGCGUAUGAUUUUCUCUAUAAUAAUAAUAAAUCUAAGUGUUUUUGUUGUGCCUUUUUUUUUACCAUACUUUUAUAUUAAAACUUUACUUACAUCAAUACUAUUUGAAGGUGCAGUGGCUGAGCAGUUAAGCGCUUUGCUUCUGAACUGGGGGUCACGGGUUCAAAUCCUAGUGAAAACUGGGAUUUUUUAUAUUGGGAUCUUUUGGGUGCCUCUGAGUCCAUCCAGCUCUAAUGGGGUUUAUGUGAGAUUAGUUUGGGAAAGUAAAGGCGAUUGGUCAUUCUGCUGGCCACAGAAACAGAUGACCUCUACAUCAUCUGCCCUAUAGAUCGCAAGGUCUGAAAGGGGGAACUUUACUUUUUAACUUAAUAUAAUUUAAAACUAGUGACAAAUUUCAGAAGUAAUGUAGAAAAAGAAAGACAUGAGGAUGUAAGUUUUGAAACAGAAGGAUUAUGAAUGACAUGAUUUGAUUCUUUCCCUUCAGCUUACUCAUUGCCAUUAGGAGAAACAAAAAGGUUUGAAUCAGUUUCACUUUGGGUUACAUACACUUGCACAUUUUACUGACAUUAUUACACAUCAUCAAAAGUACAGUUUCAAAAUCAACUUGUAUGACCUUUUUUUUUCUAUUAUCUUGAUUUAUGAGUUGGAAAUGUUCUAGCUAAUUGUGUGCGUAUAUCCCGGGGAAAUACUGCAUUCCUCAUUACUCUUCGGACUCGAAGACAAGCCUUAGUAUUAUCCCCAACCAAAAAUAAAAGCUACUUUUAAAUUGACUUAGAGAUACAGUUGUCUUCUACACAGUGUACAGACUUGUAUAAUUUAGAGAUACAGUUGUCUUCUACACAGUGCACAGACUUGUAUAAUAAUUACAUCUACAGUAGUAGUAAAUAAUCAUCUCCCAUUUAUUCACAUUAACAUAAAUAGCUCAACAUUAUUUUAUUCAUAGAUAGAGAGUUAUUGGUCUGCGAAUUUAUAUUAAAACAAUGCCAUGUAGUGGGGGGGAAAUAUGAGCAAUUUUUUUAGUAGAUUUAUUGGAAAUUAUAAGUAUGGUCUGUAUACUUUCUGCAAAAAAAUAGUGACUUAUUCAAUUUAGAAUAUGACUUAAGCUUUAAACCUCUUUGACAUUAAUCUUUCCAUUGGUUUAGCUGUAGAAGUGUCCAUGAAACAGUAGGGCCAGUCUAGUCAAUUUUUCUCUAUAAGCAAAAUAAUUUAGAGUAGGUAUGAAAUGGUUAUAGUUUUUUUGAUUGGUUUAAAAUUGCCAUGUUAACCUUAAUAUGUUAAGCUAUGCUAGUGAUGGUGUAGAGAUUUGAUCUUAAUUUUAGAUUCAUUUUCAUCAAUGUAAUUAAAAUCAAUUAUAUAUACUGUAAUUAUAUUAAUAUAAAUUGUUUAGUUUCAUGCUGUCAACUGUUAUAUAUAUGCAUAGAAAUAAUACUAAUACAGUAGGACUUAAGUUCAGCUUUUGUUCAUCAAAGAUGUGGUUUAUUAAACUUGUUUAAAAAUUGUGUUUUUCUUAUCUUCCAAUAGUUCUCAUGCUUAUACUAUUAAACAGUUGGCAUUGCUGCUAUAACUUGGUUCAGCAAUACUGGUUUUACCUGCACCACUUGUUAAGUUCUGUUUUGCAUUAAUAUGCUUUUUUAUGUGAACAUUUGACAUUGUGAGUCACCUUCACCUUAAAUUUUACACUUUUCUUUCAAGUACUUUGAGCAUUAUUCUUGUUUUUGGUGGCUUGAUUUUUUUAUAUUUAAUAAUUUUGAAUUUUUAUUUUACACGAUCAUAUGUUUAUAUAUACUGUAUCUAUGCAGAAAAAGAUUUUAAUUAUUAUUUUUCUCUUUAGCUAAUGUAUUAAAGUGAGAGUUGUGGAGAUAAAGUUAAAAAUUAGGCCUUUACCUAGAAAGCAGAGUUAAAUUAUUUUUUUAACUUUCAGUUUUAUAGUGACUGACUUCUACACACACACACACACAUACAUAUAUACAUAUAGAAAGCUAUAUGAUAAUAAAGUUCUAUAGUACAAAUGUGUGCAUAUAUUUCAAAUGACUGUUAGUAGUCAAUGAAUUCUCAACUUUUUUUGUGUGCAAAAAUGUAUGGUGUUUAAUUAAAAUCUAUGCUAAUAAUUGUGUGAUUUAAUACAGCAUAUGUACCUGAAAGUUAUUGUUGACUAAGUAUAGCAUUUGUACAAGAAUAAACGGUUGACUUGGUGCAGCAUAUGUAUACGAAAAAACUAGAAUUGGUACAGCAUAUGUACUAGAAAAAACUAGAAUUGGUACAGCAUAUGUACUAGAAAAAACUAGAAUUGGUACAGCAUAUGUACUAGAAAAAAAAACUGUUACUUAGUAUCUCAAAGUUAAUUUUGACUUACAACAGAAUAUUUACCAGAAUGUUAGUGUUGACUUAAUAUAGAAUAUGUACCAGAAAGUUAGUGUUGGCUUAGAACAGCAUAUGUACCAGAAAAUUGCUGUUGACUUAGUUCAGCAUAUGUACCAGAAAGUCAAUGCGCUUCUUUGAAGACACAGAAUUUAAUAGUUUAUGCUGGGUUUUGGUAAGCAAAUGUCGCCUUGUCCUACUAGUUUCAGUUGAUCAUUCUAGAAAUUGUAUUUAUAUAACAUAAUAUCUUAAUACCUCUGCAGAGUAAUGACAAUUGAUGGCAUUGAGAAAUCUAACCUUUUGGAUCCUGUGUUUAACUCCAAGCAUCAUUUUGUCUAUACAAAGCACUAAUUACAUGACUAUACAUAGUCACAGCGCACAGAAGCCUGUGAUCUAAUUGAACUUAUGGAGACUCCAUACUAUAUAUAUAUGUAUGAUGUCAUAUAAUUUUGAAGGAUGAAUUAGUAUUGAAAAAUUAGUUAGAAAUGUUUUCUUAUUCAUUUAAGCUAAUUUUCAUAUAUUUGCAUAAAAAAAAAAGAUUAUUCUGUAGGCCAUAAACUUUGUCAUGUCACUUCCACAAUAGGGCAAAUCAGCUUUUGGAAUACCAAUGCAUUUUGGUUUGAUGUCAAAUUGUGAUUUGUUUUAUUUUAGCUGUUAGUAUUUUAAAUACAAAUAAAAAGAAUAUUAUUUAUAACCUCAUAAAAAAUGUGAUGUGCUUAUGCAAACGUAUUCCCUUAUUAUGCAAUUGAUUAUUUAAUGUGAAUGUAUGAUGCAAUACUUGUGAUUUUGUGAUCAUGUAUAUCUCUUCUACACAUUGUAUGCACAUUUAGUAGUUAUAAAUCCACACUUUAGAUGGUUGGUGUUGUUCCUAUUAGUUCUCAGGGCUACAUUUUUUUUUCACAUCACUUGUCACUAGCCUUAAUUUGGAAAUGCUGCGUGGAAAACCUCUGCUGCCUUGCUGCUAAACCAAACAUGGGAAGGGCUUCGGGAGUCAACCCUUAAGAAGUUUGCAGCAUACUGUGCCACACCCUUGUUGACCACAAACUUAUCAGCACCUGCUAUUCCUUUGGAUAGAUCAGAUAUGUGGAGAUGGAGGAAUGUCAUUGUGGGUUACAUUGCUAUAGCUAAUGCCAUGUGACUGAAGGAGGCCACAUAAUGCCUGAACCCAAGACUUUCCUUAUGUCCAAAUUAGAGUCCCUCCACAUUAGUGUAGGACAAUAAAUACAGUCUCCAUUACCUGGCAACUUCCUUGACAGUCUGUGUUCAGAUUUCAGAACCCUACAAAUACUUUUUCAGUUUUACAUUAAAAUAAAUAUUUCUAUCUUUUAACAUUGUUAAUGUGGAUGAGUAUCACAUGUUAAUCAAUGCCUGUUUACCCCUGGUAGUUAAUUAGGCUAUUUUUUACUUAUCAGAAUGGGAAUAAAAGUACAUUAUCCUGCUCUGCUUCAACUUAUUCAUGCAAAUUAGCUCACACCUACUUUAUUUCAUUAAAUUACCGUGAGAGAAUGAGGCACUUUACACAAUUGUUUAUUGUAACCAACCAUACAUGAAUCAAUAUAUAUAGUUUGGCAAUACUUAUUUUAAGGAACAUUUUCAAAAAUUUUUUGUGAAUGUUUUUUUUUUCCCCAAUUUCUGGACAUUUGCUGUCAUCAUUUUAUGGACCGUUGCUGUCACCUUUUUCUGGACCUUUGCUGUCACCUUUUUCUGGACCUUUGCUGUCAUCAUUUUAUUGGACCUCUGCUGUCAUCAUUUUCUGGACCCUUUGCUGUCACCAUUUUAUAGAUCUUCGCUGCAGCCUACUCCGCGAGCAUACUGAAAAUCCUGGAACAUGACUUUGAUAAAAACGUUUUUUUUUUUAUUUUUUUUUUUUUUUUUUUUUUAAUGAAAUUUUCCUUGUGUUAUUAUUAAUUUAGAAUGAUGUUUUGUGUGUUUUCUUUGAAAAAAAAAAAAAAAAAAAAAGUAACCAAUCAGUCAAUCAAUUACUGGUAUCAGUAAUGAAAUAUUUGUUUGAUAUUGAAAGUGGAAAUAAAUCAUACAGUAUUGAGUUGUAAGAAUGUAAAUGUGCAGUUAUUCCCCUUAGAUAAGCUUUUGUUUUUUUUUUAAUUGUUUUAUUUUGUUUGUUUUCUUGUCUAGUUUACCAAGCUGUGCUUGGGUGUGCUUGUUCUUUCUGAAUUUUGUGUAUUUAUAAUUUAUAUUUUUUUAGAGAUUAUGUUAAAUUUUUUCAUCACCAUAAUAUUUCAUGUAAAAUUCUGUUUUCAUUAUGUCUAGAAUCAUAAAACAUUGUGAUCUUACUGUAGCCUUAUGUUUUCUAUUUGGAUUUCUCUUUCAGUUGUACUGAUUUUAUUUCUACUCAGAUUUUAUUAUGUCAAAUUAUCGCUGAAAUAAAAAAGUUAUUCUGUGCCUGGAGAUAUAUUCUGAUAAUGUUGAACUAAGCAGCUUGUCACAUUAAAAGUAAGAUUAAUAGGU